UUUCAUCAGGUUUUCGUAUCCCGAUUCCAUAUAUCAUUUUGAAUCUGCAAACAUACAGAUCAUCCAUUCCCUACUAACAUUUGGUGAUUAUCAUUUGCCUCUUUUCUUGGGAAUAUUUUAAUGUCUUCUCUGUUGAAUCUGUUACCCUAUCGUGUUGCGCAAGGAUUGACUGCAGCUUAUUUUACCGUCAACAGUUGGAGCUUCCGCCAGCGAUCGACACUUGUUCAGACGACCAACAUGACACGGAUGACGGUGAAGAAGAUUCCUGCCCUUAAGGAUAACUUUAUGUAUCUGGUGGUUUGUAAUGAAACUAAAAACGCAGCCAUCGUUGAUCCGGUGGAGCCAAGUAGGGUGCUGGAAGUGGCGAAAGAAUCGGGCGUAACGUUGAACAAAGUACUGACAACUCAUCACCAUUGGGAUCAUGCCGGAGGCAAUGCCGAGCUGUUUAAGCGCUAUCAGGAAGAUGCCUCACUCGGACAGCUGGCUAUCUAUGGAGGGAAUGACGAUCGCAUCCCAAAUUUGACCAAUCCAGUUGGUCAGGAUGACACGCUGCAAAUCGGGAACCUCAAGGUGCGCUGCAUUUCGACGCCGUGCCACACGACCUCUCAUAUUUGCUAUUACAUUGAAUCCGCUGAGGAUAAGGUAGUUUUCACCGGAGACACACUUUUCCUCGCAGGUUGUGGCCGUUUCUUUGAGGGUACUCCGCAGCAGAUGUAUGAUGCAUUGAUUACGAAGUUGUCUGCUUUACCAGACGACACCAAGGUUUACUGUGGACAUGAGUAUGCGCUGAAUAAUCUUCGCUUUGGGAACACUGUUGAACCAAAUAAUGAGGAUGUCUUGAAGUUGUUGAACAUUGCCAAGGAUGCGGAUCUUGACGGACGCAGAGCGAUGGUUCCAUCAACGAUUGGACAGGAGAAGCGGACCAAUGUGUUCAUGCGAGUGCACGAAUCAAGUGUGCAGAAGUUUGUUGGAAAAAGCGAUCCACUUGGAACAAUGCAGGCAUUGCGAGCUGCCAAGGAUAAGUUCUAAACGUUGCACGGGAUAGAAGUUGGUAUUAAUUUAACAGGUCAUUGUUCUUGAGCAAAGCUCAUUUGGCAUACACAAACAUAUUUACUGUGGUGUAGUUAUUAACAUUUAAUUGAAUAAAUGUUGAAUUUAUUGCAUUUGAAAA